AAUUGGUAGCAUUGAGAUCCGAGUUAUUCAUUCCAUGAUCCAUAAGUGUAAAUUCACUCUCCAACCCAAUCCUUCUGCUGCCAAAUUGUCUCACUCAUUAAGGUAGUAACCAGUAACCAUUAACCAACACCAUUUAGGACAACAGUUGUGAAUCAAAGGCCACAUUCAACAACCUUGGAUUCCUAUGUUUGACACAAACCCAUAAUAAUACCAUUUCUGCUACAACUGCCAAAUCUACUCCAAGCUUCAAACUUUUUGAGCAAUUCUGAUACCCUUUUGCCGGAAUUGGUGGUUCCCGGUCAGAAAUGGAGGUGGAGAGUGAAAAACCAGGGUCUGAUGUCAAGGGUUGGAGUUUUUGUAGAAUGCCUUUUUGGCAAACAAACAACCACAUUCCACCAUCAUCUUCUUCUUCCACCACAUCUUACAUGCACAAUGGCCAUCACCAAAACAUCAGUUUUCAGUCUGUUGAUAGAUCCACUCAUCAGGCUUCACCCACGGUUUCUUCCGUGGCUAAGUCUCUGCUUCCUACUAGGAGGAGGCUCCGUCUUGAUCCUUCCAACAAGCUCUACUUCCCAUAUGAACCUGGUAAGCAAGUUAGUAGUGCAAUUGCAAUUAAAAACACUUGCAAGACUCAUGUAGCUUUCAAGUUUCAAACAACUGCACCCAAGAGUUGUUAUAUGCGCCCUCCAGGUGGUAUUCUUUCUCCUGGUGAAAGUAUAAUUGCCACUGUAUUCAAGUUCGUGGAGCCACCAGAGAACAAUGAGAAGCCGCUUGAUCAGAAAAGCAAGGUUAAGUUUAAAAUCAUGAGCCUAAAAGUGCAAGGUGAAACGGACUACGUACCAGAACUGUUUGAUGAGCAAAGAGAUCAAGUAGCGGUGGAGCAAGUUCUGCGGGUUAUAUUCCUGGACCCUGAACGGCCUAGCCCUGCCAUGGAUAAGCUUAAGCGGCAGUUGGCCGAGGCUGAGGCUGCACUGGAAUCACGAAAGAAACCCCCAGAGGAGACAGGUCCUCGAGUAGCUGGGGAGGGACUUGUUAUAGAUGAAUGGAAAGAAAGAAGAGAAAGAUACCUCGCCCGGCAGCAGGUCGAAGGUGUUGAUUCAGUGUAAACUGUAAAGUAUGUCUUUCUUUCUUUCUCUCCUUUCAUGCCCUUGAGUCAAGGUCCAUAGUGUUCUCCAAUUGUGUGUUCUGAAGUUUAAUUCCUGGGACACUAGUCUGUCGAAUGUGUUGAGUGAUGUAGAGAAGUGCUCUGGGGAGUCCGGAGGCACUUAAUUUUUCCUUUCCAAUGAUGUUUGUUGUGUUAAAUGCGAGUGAAUUAAUACUAUGAUCGGCUGUACUUAAUUCUACUUUUACAUCAUCUCCUAUGACUUGUAGAUAGCUUGUUUGUUUUGAAUGAAAUUAUUGAACAGGAUUUUCACUUUCA